UCUCUCUUUAUCAAAGUAGUAAAAGUCUAGGAGAGAAUAAACACAAAGCAAUAAAGCAUCCCACACAAAACGAAGCGCAUGUUAAGACGGACCAUGUAGGAACUAGGAAGGUGCCAAUUGCCAUAGAAUUGCACAAAUAAAACUCACUUCCGAGUCACUGAGUCAUACAACAAUUUCUUCACGUCUUUACUAUUCUUUGUUACUCCACUUCUCCAACCUUUUCUUUUUCAUAAACUUCUAGACAUUAAAUUUUCAGCAAUAUUUUUCAAUUCAAUUUCUCAUCCAUUUGAACUUUGCAAAAUCUUUGCCAUUUAAAUAUCCAAUCUUUAAGGAAUUGGAAAUGGCUCUGUUUGAUGGGUCAGUGUUCUUGUUUGCUUCUUUGCUGUUUCUGAGUAGAGGCAUUCUUGCUACUUCUGGAGAUUGUGAUCCUAUUUACAAAACUUGUGUAGAGCAAUGUCAGAAGACUGGAUGCAUUCAGAAUAAAUGCUUCAACAACUGUGGAGUCUCCCUUGACAAUAAACCUGCUGAAGGCCCAUGGUAUCUCCAAGAACCACUUUAUCUCCGGUGGAAAGAGUGGGAUUGUCGCAGUGAUUGCAGGUACCAUUGUAUGCUUUCAAGGGAGGAAGAAAGAGCAAAACUUGGAGACAAACCCAUCAAGUAUCAUAAGAAGUGGCCAUUUCACCGUGUUUAUGGCAUUCAGGAACCUGUUUCUGUCGCUCUCUCACUGAUUAUUCUUGGCUUGAUAUUUCAUGGAUGGGUAUCAUUCUUUAUCCUUCUCUACUACAAGUUGCCUUUGAAGCCAAAUCGGAAGUGUUAUUAUGAAUACACUGGUUUAUGGCUUGUAUAUGCGAUCUUAUCCAUGAACUCUUGGUUUUGGAGUGCUGUUUUCCAUGGCAGAUACGUGGAAUUAACAGAGAACUUGUACUAUUCUUCAAGAGUGGCACUUCUUGGGUUUUCACUCAUUAUAUCCAUAAUUCGAUCUCUAAAUGUUACAACUGAGGCUGCCAGAGUGAUGGUUGCUGCUCCUCUCAUUGCAUUUGUGACUACUCAUAUACUCUUUCUCAACCUGGUAGAACUUGAUUAUGGCCUAAACAUGGUGGUGAUGGUUGUAAUAGCUACAGCACAGCUCCUUUUCUGGACAAUCUGUGCCAUUCGUUCCCAUCAGCCAUCACGCUGGAAGCUGUUGGUCGUGGUUGUCGGGGGAGGCAUUUCAUUACUUCUGGAGAUAAUCGACUUUCCUCCUUACAAGGGGUUUAUCGAUGCACAUGCCUUCUGGAAAGCCAUUUCUGUACCUCUCACUUACAUCUUGUGGAGCUUCGUCUGUGAUGAUGCUGAAUUCACUACAUCUACUCUGAUCAAGAAAGCAAAAUAGCAUCACCUAGCCGAAUAUCACAGUAUGUUUUCGCAGCAAAAACCCUUGUACAUUUCAUUCAUUCUUUGCUCAUUCUUUUGAUAUUCCUCCAGCUUUUAUACUAAAGGAUAAUACUGAAAUACUACUGUCAAACUGAAAAAAGCUAAAUUUGUAUAGCCUUCUGCUUCAGGCACUACAUUUUGUGGAUUUUGAGUUUUUGA